AUGUCUAAAGGAGUGCUCGAUUAUGCUUUUGAAAUUGGUAUGGUCGUUGGCCCGGUAUUGGGUUAUUUCGACCAAAUCGCGAAAUUCAGACGGACGAAAUCCAGUUCCGGCUUCACUUUAGAUACAAGUGGAAUUUUGCUAGCCAGCAAGAUAGGCAAAGAAUUCGACAAAACACUCUUAUAUCAAAGCAUUCUAAUGAUUAUUGUACAACUCAUCCUUCUUGCGGAAUGUUUAAAGUUCCGUUAUCCGGCGGCACCUGUUCCUCAUCGACGAUGGUUUUGGAAUUGGGAUACUUACAGACCAUACAUAAUUUGCUUAAUUUUACUAACAGGAUUUUUGGGAAUUUUAUCAAAUUUCUUGAUCAAAGAGACGUGGUUUGUAGAAAUAUUGGGAGUUUUAGCCCUUGGCAUAGAGGCAACUUUACCAAUGCCUCAAGCUUGGCAAAAUUAUCAAUUCAAAUCAGUCUCAGGCUUCAGUCCAUUGGUUCUUCUCACUUGGUUCGGUGGCGAUUCGUUUAAAAGUUUUUAUUACAUUAAUACUGGUUCUCCGCUUCAAUUCAUCAUUUGUGGCAUCAUACAAUUGACCAUGGACUCAGUUAUUGUGUUACAGUUUAUCCUUUACGGUAGUUUUAAGGAACUAUUCCGUUUUGACAUCCCGCCCUUCAGGAGCGGACAACGAAAUUCACAGAAUUACAGUCAGCUGGAAGAAGCAGUGUGA